UCGAUGCAGGUUUGUGCGUAGAGGGACAAUGAGGAGGUUAUUAACCACACCUUUGCACCUCUCCUCGGCCACCUCUUGACUGUCUUUGCGGCGCAUUAAGAUGCGUUGGAGAGGAGUCGGAUGAUGAACUUUUUACUGCGUCCUGAAACUUUUCCCACCCAAGUUGCGUGUGUUUGAGGAUUCUCCCAAAUUGAUCGUGUCUGAAAUUAACUGGAAGAUUCAUGAUGGUUCGUCUGUCUCGGAUCCAACUGGCUCUCUUCUUUAUCUUGCUCUGCCCGGUCAAGAUUAUCGGACUUUGGUGGGCGGCGGGCAGUCCACUGGUAAUGGACCCGAACAGCAUAUGCAGGAAGGCAAAGCGUCUGGUUGGCAAGCAGGCCGAACUCUGUCAGACCCAGCCGGAAAUAGUAAAUGAGGUGGCCAAGGGCACAAGGUUGGGCAUUAGAGAGUGCCAAUACCAGUUCAGGUACCGCCGAUGGAACUGCACGAGCCACAACAAAUACUUUGGCAAAAUACUGCAACAAGAUAUCCGAGAGACUGCGUUUGUUUAUGCCGUCACAGCUGCCGGCGUGACCCACGCAGUGACGCAGGCCUGCAGUAUGGGGGACCUGCUGCAGUGUGGCUGCGAGGCAACCAGGAACCGAGCCCCUCCGAAACCUCUGUCGUCCUCCACUGGGGAUGGAGUCAAGUGGGAGUGGGGCGGCUGUGGAGAUGAUGUGGAAUUUGGGUAUGAAAAGUCCAAACAGUUCAUGGAUGCCAAGAGGAGAAGGGGCAAGAGCGACAUCAGGACACUCAUUGACCUGCACAACAAUGAGGCCGGGCGACUGGCGGUGAAGCUCUACAUGCGGACCGAGUGCAAGUGCCACGGACUGUCCGGGUCGUGCACGUUACGCACUUGCUGGAAGAAGAUGCCGCACUUCCGCGAGAUCGGCGACCGCCUUCUGGAGCGAUUCAACGGCGCCUCCAAGGUGAUGGGCGGCAACGACGGCAAGACUCUCAUCCCCGUGGGCCAGAACAUCAAACCUCCCGACAAACAGGAUCUCAUCUACUCGGACGAGUCGCCAGAUUUCUGCCUGGCGAAUCGGAAAACGGGUUCACUGGGGACGCGGGGACGCAUGUGCAACAGCACCGCCAUGGACAUCAGCGGCUGCGAUUUGCUGUGCUGUCAGCGUGGCUACCGGGAGGAAACUGUGGUGUUUGAGGAGAACUGUCUGUGUCGUUUUCACUGGUGCUGUGUGGUCCAGUGCAAAAAGUGCUUGGUCCGAAAGGAGCUUAGUCUCUGUCACUGAUGAA